UUAAAACUAAAGUAGUACAUAAGUUACAUAAAUAUUAAUGUACAUUAUUUGAUCCGAAAUGGGGGAAGGGCACCCAAUGUAUCGUCGCCUAGUAUCACGAAAACAUUUAGAAAUAUUAGUCAAAUACAUGGAAAAAUACCCAGUUUUAGCCCUUUCCUGUGCACGAUCCAGGGAAGAGGUGAUCGAAGCCAGAAAAAUAUGGGAAAAAAUAGCGCAAAGCUUAAACAAAGUUGAUGAAAAAGUAUACAAAACCGGUGGCAAAUGGUCGCGGUAUUGGGCGGAUUGGAAAUUUAAAAUACGAAGAAAAUAUAUUUGUCUGAAGAAAUGCCAGUCCAAUGGGGUUGCUUGCUCAGUACGUCUCUCUCCGUAUGAGCAAAAGGUCAUCAAGAUACUGACGGAUGAGGAGGGGAAUUUACUCUCUCCGAGCGCUCUGAGUCACAUAAGUCUGUUUCAGGAAUCAGAGGGGGCUCGGUCAAAAUCAACAAAUCACUGCGGCAUCGAUGAUUCUGAUGAUGAAGAACAUAUUGACUCAUUAGCAAAUAACAAUGAAGAAAUAAUACAUAUUGAGUAUGCAGAUAUUAAACCGAAUUUAUCGCAAGAUCCAAUUGAACUUGACCACGAUAGGAAGAGCUUAGAGGAGUUAAGGAGAGAUUUAUUAAAGUUUGAACUGAAGAAGCAGAGAGAGUUGUUUGAGAUCGAGAAGAGAGAGAGGAGGGAGAAACAUGAGUUGGAAGUAUCAAUUUUGAGGUUAAGAAAGCAGUUGCUAAUGAAACAGAUUGACUCAUAAUACGAUUCACCUGAGAAUAAGAUUAGGAUGAUACCUGAUAAUUUCUCUUCAUGUGUCUCGACUCUAGAGCAAUAGAUCCUAACUUAGAAAUCCUCUACUUUGAUUGAUUGUAAUCUCAUGGAUCGUAUGGAACCUGGGUCUAUGGGCAGACUUUUUGGUCUCGCUCUUUUGAACCAAUGCCAUUGUUAUGGCGGUUGCUGUGAAGAAUUAUUUGAAAUGAUUCUGAAGAUUUUAUACUCCGACAGACUAAUUAACCCUAGAGAAUAGCCAUUUUACUCCGAUGAGGUGAUCAUGCCCAUUCUCAAAAAGAGCUCCCAAUGAGCUUGUGUUAUGGCAGUGUCAAAUUCUAUAUCUGUGAUUAGGUUCAUAUAGUCAGAUAAAAAUUUUCAAAAUAAAAAAAACGGAUGAAUAAUUAAAAAAAAAAAUUGUAACAAGUAUUGUUGCCAAAUAGAGAAAUCACUUUUUUUAUUGUUUAGAUGCGUGGAUGAGCGCACGGCCCACCUGGUGUUAUGUGGUUAACGGAGCAGAUAGACAUCGACUUUGGUGACGUAAGUUCUAAGUCCUUAGUACAACGGCUGCUCUACCCUUCAAACCGAAACGCAUUACUGCUUCACGGCAGAAAUAGGCGGGGCGGUUGUACCUACCCGCGCGGACUCGCAAGAGGUCCUACCACCAGUAAAUAUACAUUGUUUAUAUUUGUCAUUAAGUUUAUUAAUUUCAAAUUACGUCAAUGAACCAAUAAGCAUCAAUGAACAUCUAAUAUCAGGUUAUGUGACGUCACCAUACAAA